GUUAGGCAGUGUUUCUUUAUUCAGUGUGUGCUGUGCAAGUACAUGUAAGGAAUUGGAUUGGGGGGCAGAUUUACAGAAGCCCUUCAAACUGUUUAGAAGAUGUGGCCACCUGUUACUACAGUUAUAUUCUUUAAAUGGUUAAGUGUAAAUUGCUACUUCAGUUUGUGCUCCUAGCCCAGAGUUUCGAUAGAUUGAGAUCAAAGUAUGUGAACCUUAACUUUCCACUACAGAAAGUACUGUUUGUGGUUUGAGGUUUCCACUGCCUUAUAUGUAGCGGUCCACUAGUGAAUUAUAAUAUUCCUAAACCUCCCACUUUGUCCUUGAGGGGCUGCACAAAAGAGGAGGGUCUUUUCAUACCUGCUAUACACAUGUCAUUUUUUCCAUCUUCCUCUUCUUAAUUGUCAAAGAAUAUCACUCAUACACAAACAGCAUAAAAUAAGUUGUCUACCGCAAUCAGUCUUUUAGUCAUCUCUCAGUCACACACAGACAUGAAGCUCCUGCUUAUGGCUCUUCUAAUUGGCCUUGGAAUGGUUUUACUGGCAACAACAAGUCAAGGACAAGGAGGUGAAUUAAUUCAUGGAAAUGUAUGCCUGGAAACCAAACUAAAUAAAGCAAUUAAAUGUAAUAAGCUUAAAAGCUACACAGAACAAACUACUCCAGUUGCAGCCAUCAUGUUUACUACCAAAAAAAAUAUAACAUUAUGUGCCAAUCCCGUACAGCCUUGGGUGAAACAGGCUGUACGGUGUUUGAAAACUAAAAAGCCAAAAGGAGCAAACCCAAAGAAAACAGACAACAGCAAAAAGAAGAAUAUAAAACCAAAGAAGAGCACUCCUUAAGAAAGACAAUCCUUAAAUUGUUUCAGAAUUGUUUUACACCAUCAUUAAGCUGAUAACUAAUCUCUCUCUCUCUCUAAUUAAUUACUGUAAGUCCAGUAUUACAAUGAAUAUUAUGUAGUAUUGUGAAUUCUGCAUUCUGUUAAAAACACAGGACUGGAUUGCUAAAUUGUGAGAAAGACUCUCUAAGGCCUUUUCCAAAUGAUAUCUGAUUUGUGGCCAAUGAGUCCCCUUUGUGCAGAUAAUUGUUUCUGUUAAAACAGUUCCAGCAUCAUAUGACAUAACACUUAUGUAUUUAAUAUAAAAGACAUUAUUACAGCGCUGUAAAACAAUUACUCUUUUGAUCUCAUUUUGGGGGCCAUUUGGUGGAAUUGGUCUUUCAAUAUAUUUUUGUAACUAUAAAUCUCUCUACGAAUACCGUUAGGUAUUGAUUCAUGUCAUGUCAGUUAGGACAUGUUUAGGACACAUGUCAAUAAACAGAUCUGCUACGGAGCAUGAAAAAAGGCCAAGAAUGGGCAUAGUGAUGUUAUGAUGAUUUAUGCUAUUUAUAUAGGACACUGGUAUUCUUGUUAUCCUACAAACAGUGCUCCAACAGAUAGCUCUUCCUUUGCAAAAGAUACUAGACUAGAGUCUAUUUAGAAAUAUGAAAGGUGUGCAGAAAAUGAAGCAAUGCUUUUGUUUGGUUGACUAAAAAGCAAAAUACAACCACAAUAACAUACAUAGUUAACUGCCUUUUCAUUUGAAGACAUGUAACCUUAACAGAUAAAUAUACAGUAUGUACACUCUGGAAUUUCCUUACGUAAGCAGUAAUGGCUUAUGGCGACCAAGUUAAAAAUGAAAUACCUUGUAUAGACUGUUAUAAAUGUAUUAUUAUUUUAAUAUAAGGUCAAGAAAAACUUUUAUAAUAAAUCAUUAGUAUCAAGGGUGCCUGAAGUGUUCAUCUUAAUGCAGAGGAUUUCCAUGUGCUUUUAUUUAUGUGAUCUCUGUAGAAAUAAGUCAAAUCAACUGGACUUGCUGUGUUUUUCUUGGAGUGUCUUCGGAAUUGAGAA